AAUAAGUCAGAAAAUGUUUUAUACAUUAUUUAUACUCGUAUAGACUAUUGGAUAUAUGGAAAAGGUGAUAGCUUGGAAUUGUAAUCCGGAAAUUUCUCAAUCAUAUUUUUGGAAUAAUGAAGAAAGGACCAUUCCAGAUAAUGGUAUUGGUACCAUGAUGGAAGAUGAUAUUUUUGAUGACACAAUUUCAAUUACGAGCUCGAGUGCAGUUUCUGUUAAAUCUUCGGCUAGUCAGGAGAUGAAAUAUUUAUUUACCAUCGACGUUGACUACGGAGAUUCUGAUGAUGACUCUGAUGAUGACUCUGAUGAUAAAUCUGGCUCUACAGGCUCUAGAGAAACAAAAUCAGAUGAUGGACAAGACAAUUCCUGA